AUGUUUUUUGGAUAUAAUUCAGCUCCUAAUUCUAACGUUUCUUAGACUUAAAGCAUUCUCCACGAAUCAUAAGUACUUUCGUUAUAGAGGGAGAGUGAGAACUACAUUAGAAAAGUGGAGCAAGAUAAAAAACAUCAUUACAAUAUUGAGGAAACUUGGGUGUCAACCAAAAAGGAAUGGUAACAAAAGAAGGAAUAAAUAAAAAAAGUAUUGUCAUACUAAAUAAUUCUAGAUAUAACACGAUUAAACUUUGCCAGCUGCUAAGCAAUAAUUAAAUAAAAUAAAAAAUUUAUAAAAUGCUUUAGAAUAAUCAAUACUUAAAUACAAUGAAUCAUAAACCCAUAAUUUUGAAUUGAAAAAAUAGAUCAAUAUGUUGAGAAAGGAAAGACAUUAAUACAUAAAUAUUCAUCAAGAUUUACAAGAAGAAUUAUUGAAUAUAGAAAAUGAAACUGUCGCAAAUGAAGUUUUUCGAAAUUCAAACGAACUAUAAGCUCAGAAAAAGAAGGAAACUAUAGCUGAAAUGAAGAAAAAAAAUGAUUAAGAAAAAGAAAAGUAUGUGGAGUAAUUCGACAGAUUGAAAAAGGAAGUUAUGGAAGAGAAGAAAAAGCACGAUUUAGAUAACUUGGGAUAAAGAAAAGAGAAGGCAGCCAAUAUUGACACAGCUUCUACUUUGAAGCUUAGAUUAAAAAAGUUGAUUUCUAAUAACAAGGAAAAAGUUAAAUUGAUUGAUACAUAUUGGAAAAAUAUGAAAGUCAUUGAAGAUGCAUUCAAUCAAAUAAAAGAAGCCUCAGGUAUUCAAGACAUUGAAGAAAUCAUGAAUACAUUUAUAAAAAGCGAAGAAUAAAACUAUUCUCUUUAUAAUUAUGUAGACAUCUUAUCAUAAUAAAUUGAUCAAUUGCAAGAUUAAAACCAAGAUUUAAAAAAAAAAAUAGAUUCUCAAAGAGUAGAAAAUGAAAGCAAGAAGAGAUUGCUUAUGGCAACACCAUAGGCUGAAAGACACAGAAAAAAAAAUGAAUUGAUCAUUAAGAAAAGAUAGGAAGAAAUAAACACUCUCAGAAAACAAAUGGAGGAAAUUGCACCUACUCUAAAAGAUGCUUUAAUCGAAUUAUCUUAGACAUAAUUGGUAAUUCAUAUUUUUAUCUCAUUAAGGCAUCUGAUCCAACUGCACAUUUAGAUUAUAAAUUAUCUUUUAAUCUCAACGAAAGUUCUUUAGAAAAAUAUUUAUAAGAUCUUGAAAGAUUCAUUGAUCUUGCUGUUGCUAAGUACAAAAAUUGUAUACAUAUUUUAGAGAAAAAAUUGUAUUAAACUAAAGCAUUGCUCAAAGUACUUUACUUUUAGAUGAAAUUCCACUCAAAGAGUUUAAAGGAUCCAAUAAAUAAUUUAAUGAUGACGAAUUGUUAAAAUAAGAAUCAUAAUAACAGCAAUAUAAUAAAUUAUUAACCUAAAAAGCACUCAGAGAAAUGGCUUUGGAGAGUCUAAAGAAAAAAAAAUGAAUAUUUUCAUAUAAUCAUUAAAUUUAAUAUUAC